UUUUUACCCCUCCAUACAAAAAGGAUAUUUCGUAAAGGAAUGGCAGCUGUCAGAUGGCAAUGUAGCGGGUAAACAGAGGUCAACUACGUGGUCAACAAUGAAGGAAGAAUGGGACCAAUGGUGUGUGUUUUCCCCAACCCGUAUCUAAUAAGGACACUCAAUCAGUUGAUACAGGGAGCCAAUCACAUGGGCUUUGAGUUUUUCUAUGCCAGGUGUAAUCGAAGCCAGGGAUGAAAGGCUUGCGUGAUGUUUUGCGUUGAAGCGUGCCUGUUUGUCUUACUUGGUCCGGCGCCAAUAGGGGCAGGAAAAGCCAGCUGUGGUUUCAGAGAGAGUACAAGUCACGCUGCGUACUAUAGGACAUCAACAGGUCCGAUCUGCAGGGAGAUUUGAAAGUCUUUUGAAGAGUUCCUAAUGUGAGAGAAAUUGUACCAGUCCUUUCUUCUGGUGGGCCGACAUGGGAUGAAGGGGGCGGUUUGCAGUGGGAAGGAAUUCUACACCGUGUUAACAAAGGCUGAAGAUCCCUGCUGAAAUGGCCACCAAUAGCCCACAUAUUCACAGGCAAGAGGCCGUGAAGUGGGAAGGACCAUCCACGUCCACUUCUGGAGUGUUAGUUUCGAGUGGUGGAACAAACCGGUUGCCCACCGUCUGUCCUAAACAAACACGCUCAGAACAGGUCAAGAAUGCAUCAAACACGGCAGCCAUGCCUCAGAUGUUGCCAGAAAUGCAAGUUCUAAGGAAUGGCAGGCAAAAUAAUGCAGACAGUUCACAUAUGACAGCUGCAAUGGACGGAACGUCGGCAAAGCAGAGCUUGGAAAAGUUGAGGCAGAUGAGACAAAGACUUCACAGUGAUGAAGACCUGAAGCCCAACAGUUAUGACAAGUCCAAACAUCCUAGGACACUCAGCGAUGGAGCUUACUGGAGACCAACUAGUCCACAGGCUGUCAACAUUGUGCAUAACUCAUACCAUGGACCUGUUUCUCCUCCUGCCAUUGCAAACUCAGGAGACAACAGAUUUUCAUUUGAGAGAGGGUCUCCAAACCUCUUCAACAUGAGACAAGCAUCCCUUGACUUUGAUGUUAGCUCAGAACCGGCAUCAAGAAUUUCAACACCAAUAAGUGUUGACACACCCCCUAUUUCUGCGAGCACUUCUCCUGUUGCAUCACCAAGAAGUCUGGAGGGAGUCAUGCAAGACGGUGACACAAGCAGCAUGUCUUAUAGAAAGUUGUGGCAAAAUCGGUCUAUCAGGAAAAAGUCUCAAAACAACCAGGAUUCAAAACCCUCUCUGGAAAACGGAUCAAGAAAGGUAUUCAAGAGAGGCGAAAGCAGCCCGACAUUGUUUUCGAGAAAUGUUGUAACGGAAAAGCAGCUGUCAACACAAAACAAAGAACGACAGGAUGACAGAACUACCUCUGUAGACCAGUCAGAGUGUGACACUAUUUCAGAACAUCUCGAUACAGGUUCAUCUUAUUUCCGUAGGUCUUCAGAAGGGAACUCUACAAGACGGUCACUACGGGCCAAAUACCCCAAAGCGAUGCAGCAUAUCCCCUCCUUCAAUGAAUUCCGAAGGAUGCGAAAGGAAGGACAUGUCAGUCCAAGCUCAAAGUUCAGUAGUACACUGUUUGAUCCAGUGGAGGAGAAUGAAGAUUGCAGUAGCGUUGCUGAAAACGCUCAAGAAAAGGAGCCAGAGAAGAGAGUAAGUGACGUGGCAAGAAGGGACAGUGCAGAAUUGGCUAUCUCUAGAUCUGUGACAAAUGGUAACUACAAGAAAGAAUCCAGGGAAAAAACUGAAGUGACAAAAUUGGGUCCUCAGGAUUCGUCUAAAGAUAUGCGUACUCCACAUGACAAGAGUGAGGAAGUAAGCAAAGAUGAGGAAAAGUCUAUCCUGUCCAUCUUGUCUACAUACUAUGCAAAAGAAGGGGCAAGGUCAAUGGAGGUUUGUAAGGAGAAAGAUUCAUCUUCACAGAAUGUUUCAAGAAAGAGGGACACAGAUCAGCAAAGUCAAGACCUGAACUCUUGUAAGAGCACCCCUCAAAAUUGUUUCGAGGACAACAAGGCAAGAGACAACAGUUCUGCAGUGCAAAAUACAGCAUCAACCAUUCCUGGAGUUUUGCCUCCAUUCUCUCAUAAUGGACAUUGUCAUGAGAGAAAAGUUAAAGAUUCCCAACAACACACAAAAGAGUAUCAGAUACCAAAUUGUCACGACCCCUUGAGUCACUCUGUAUCACCUCUUAAGGACAAUCAUACACCUAAAAGACAAGAAACAUCUUCCAACUUGGUGCAGGACUCUGAAACUUCCUCUACCAGGUCAGACUCUUCUUCAAACAUAGUAGGGAAGGAAUUGUUGAGAAACCUUAAUGGUCAAGGACAUGAUGAGACCAACUCAAAAGCUUUGUUACACAACUUUUCAGGUGAGAAAGUCUGCAGAAAAGCAAGUGAUCAACUUGUUCCCAAACUUGAUCUAGGAUAUCUCAAUGAAGAAACUGAUGCACUCUCACCAAGGAUUGAAGCUAAAACUCCUGAAAAGCAAGUCAAUAGACAUGUCCAUAUAGCAGAGAAUUGUAUGGAUCAUUUAUCACCAAGGGACAGACAUGUUGAGGUUUCAAGGAAGUUUGCAGAAGCAAGUCUAGAUGCAGCUGCUUCUAAGUGGACUGGAAAAAACUGUUUCAGACAGAAUAGAAGUACCAACAUAAAUUCUGUGGAAGACAACUUAAGAGGUGCUUCUCCCUCUCAGACAAGAUUGAAGCAAGAUCAAAUGUUGCACGAAGACUACUCCAACACCGUUGAAGCUGUUAGCGGGACCGUUAGCCAGCUUAACUGUAAACAUGUCAACAGUAAACACAUCCCUGCGGGACCCCUGGAGACAAGAAUUUCAAACACGAUGAGUGAAACGUCCACGUCAUGUUCUGAAAAAAGCCAAACAUCACCAAAACCCUUCGUAGAUGCCUCCCAACUCAACCAGAUUCAUAGAUUCAGGACUGGGGACUGCGGGUUAGAAUCAUUCCAGAUCAAUGCUGAAGCAAAGAGAGACACUACAGAUGUUGUGCCAGCUGCAAAAGAAGUUCACUGUCCGCUUACUAAAGAAAGCAGCUCUGUUCAGGAACUAGGCCAAGCUCCGCCAGUCACAACAGGACAGAAAGACUCGUGUUGUGAGAAAGUGGAAACGGAUACUGUGAGAACAAACUGCGACGGCUCAGACAACAACAGUCCACACAAAGUGGGGGGUAUGUCACUAGUCACAGUCGAGUGGACCCUACGCAGGAACAAGGGCUGCCUAGUGGAAGCUGUAAACAGCAACGAGGAUUCAGCAACUCCGUAUGUUUCUGCAAAGGAUCAGCUGAAAAGUCUCACCAGUUCUGAGAGCCCGUCUGGGAAGGUUUCGCCCCGUAGUUGGUACAGCCGCCACUGGUCUGCACCGAUAACUCCCAAACCCAUGUUAGAGACCAACCUGGCUGUGACGACCAGUGUGGCCAGCAAUGACUCGAGUCCUGCCUCCACUCCUCGAAUGAAAAGGAAGCAGAUCUUUGACGUCUGUACGGCCGUGUCAGAGAAGUUACAGGGAACAGAAUCUGCUAUGGCUAGUGAUAGGCAAAAUCAUCAGCACACUGCAGAUCAUAAUGGCAUUAGUAGAGUGGACUCCCAGCCAAACGCCUAUCAAGAGAAAGUUGAGACCAGAACAACUUGUGAGGUUUUAACACAACCAGAAAGACCUCCAAGAACUAAGGAUUGUGGUAGUCUGUUCUUGAAAAGUGAGAAAGUAGACAGAAAAGAUGAUGCUAUCUUCCAAACAGUUAAGUCUGAAAAUAAAAGUCCCUCAAAGACUGAAAACAGCACUGUGUCCCGCACAGACUCAGAUCACAAAGAGACAUGUAGAACUGCUGAAAACAGAGAGGAAGAUGUAUUGGGUGCAGAGAAGUUGAGCAUGUGGGGUUCCUUUGCAGAUGGAGAUGGUGGUAGCAGAGAUGGCAGUAGAAGGGGAAGUGGUCUCAGCUCACAAAGUGACAGCUCAGGAGACGACACACAGGUUUCCAUGCCUGAGAUUCAACUCAUGUUCCAAGACAGUCCUGUUCAUCAACAAGAGAAGUCUCUAGAACAAAGUGAUGACUGUGUGUUUGACUUGACCGAAUUUGUCCAACAAGAGAAAGAAGCAGGCAUCAACAUGCAUGACAAUGGUCCUGAAGAAGUAUUUUGUGAUGAUAGUAAGAGGGCACCUUUGUCAAAUCAACGUGAUAACAAGGAGGAGAGAAAAAGAGAAGGGAUGUUUCUACCAAAGUCGGAAUGGACUGAUUUUGACAAAAUUUGCAAUCAUGAUGAAAGUGAAGCAAAGGACAAAAACAGAGAGAAGCAAUCUACUUCCAACAGCAGAAGUGACAGCUAUCGCAAGAGAGGGCUGGAAAGACAGAAACCAGUCUCCAGUACAAGCGAGGAACUCUUUGCCAGGAAAUACAAGAGUGAGAGGAAGAGCAGCACUGAUGGUAACAUGCCAGUAGAGAAAGGAAAGACUCCCAAACGCAGCGUCACUUGGCAUGCUCUGGUCAGGACCUCAGAAGUUAAGACAGAGACAAAACAGAAGCCCCCAAGUUCAGUAGCACGAUCCACAUCUGAUGUGACCAACUCCAGCAGCAAGGAGAGCAGACCAGACAAGACUCCCCGUCCUGUGAGACAACACCACAGUGACCCCUCCUCCAUGGCUCUGCACAGGACCAGAAACUGGUUGCACAGACACCAUGGCAUGGAGGACCUGACCAUAGUGGAAGGUGUUCCCUCUGACCAGAGUGACAAGCGAGCCUCCAGGACCAAGUCCAAGAAUCGCCAUAGCAACGUGAGCACUGCCAGCGUGGACAGUGGGGUCAUCGCCCUGGGAGAAGAGAAGGCAAUCAUGGAGAGAAGGUCAUCUGCCGUAGACAUUGCGAGGAACGACAGUGGAGUUGGAAUGGAGACCACACGAGUCCCCCGCAAGACAAGAGAAACAACGGAUGAGUCCAACUGUGCAGACUGUGAGAAAGUCAACACUGUCAUUGAUGUAGAAGAGGAAGAGGAAUCACCCAGGAGUUACCGUACAGAAGACACAGCGCUGUGCCCUCGCUGUGAGAAGCGGCGUGUGGAGAGGAAGGAAGCGAUCCAGGAGCUGGUUCAGACGGAGCUGAGUUACGGGGCCGACCUCCGGGUCAUCAAGGAGGAGUUCUAUGAGCCGAUAGAGAAGGCCGGGCUGCUGACUCCACAACAGCUGCAAACCAUCUUCAUCAACAUUCUGGAACUGAUUGAGGUGAAUGACAGGUUUGCAGAUAAGCUGCAGGACGCCAUUGAGCAUGCCCAGGAGCAGGGAGAUGAGGACUACAUCUCUGUGAACAUCGGGAGGAUCUUCCUGCAGGCAGCCAACAUGCUCAUGGCUUUUGAGACUUACUGCACCAAACAGCCUGCAGCCCCUGCCAUGCUGAAGACCCUGGAGAGUGAGAAGGACCUGUUCCGCAUCUUCCUGGAGGUUUCCCAGACAGACAACUCCGCCCUGCGCAGGAUGCACCUCUCCUCGUUCCUCAUGGCUCCACUACAGAGAAUAACAAAAUACCCCCUGCUGCUGAGCCGGCUGUACAAGUCCACCUCCUGCCGCCACCCUGACAGGGACCGACUACUGGAGGCACAGCAGUUAGUGGAGGAGCAUCUGGAACAUAUCAACAUUAAAACCCAGGGCUCAGGUGGGCUGAUGAGACUAAAGAAGAAGAGCAGCAGAACUAAGAGCACCAGUAGUGUGGAGAACAUUGAGCUCAGAGAGAUGGCCCUGGAUGCUGUGAGCUGGAACAAGGACGAGGUUCACUUUAUCCAGAUGGGGAAGCUGCAGGUGGUGCAGUGUGGGGACACCUGGGCCAGGAAAACUAAAGUCUGCUCAGUACAUGCACUUCUACUGGUGCUGGGACAGAUGCCCAACCUGCAGGCCCUGGAGGAGAAACGCCAGCCCUCCGGAGACAAGCCUGUGAAAGGGGGAGCCCUGGUACUUAUCAGAGACAAGGGUGCUGGCAGGUUCACCACGCUCAGGGACCCAUUCUUUCUUGACAAGUGUGUUGUGUCUACGGAUCCAGACUCAGAGGAAACCUUUGAGAUCACAGAGAUCUACAAAGAUCCUUACAUUCUGAAGGGCGAGGAUCCAUCCGACACCUCAAGAUGGCUGUCCCUUCUUCAAGGUCUCUCCAGAGAUCUGGGAAACUGGAGGAAAAGAAGGAACGCACUUGCAAACAUCAUGAUCCAUAUGGUGUCCAGAACUUGAGGGAUCAAAAGCACCACCUACCAGUUUGAUUCAAAACUGCACUG